AUGGGGAGCUUAUGCUCGAACCUUGAAAAGGACGAUGCACCUGGCGAAAAGAAUGGUCAGGGUAGAAGGGACGAUAACCAUACCACGCGACACUCCUCACCAAGACUGCGGAAGCCUCCUCAUCAUCACCGCCGCCCAGGCUCACCUUCACCCAACGCUCACCAUCGCCGCCACCGCCACCACCAGACAGACAAAGAAAUGGCUCAAGAAAUGAUCGAAGCCCACGACAAGAUCAUUGCAGGGACUGGCGGCGCGCUUACGCGCAACGGUCUCCAACGACAUGGUCGGCAGAUCACCAUUCUCGACCAGGCCCGGACGAGGUCGGCCACUGCCAAAAAGAUCCAAGAUUCUGAUGAUUACUUCCGCCAGCGCAUCGAGGUAAUGAACCGCGAAAAGACCUUAGCAUUCGACUUCCGUCUCACGGCUUUGGCCUCGCCCAAAGAGAUCGAGGCCAACACCAUUAUCCAGAUCAUCAAGGCUGAGGACCAACGCUUGGUGUAUGACGCGGCUGAGCCAAGACAAGGGUGGGGGGGUCAAAAUCACCCGCGAUUUCCUGCGGACCAUUUUCUGUCAAACGUCCAUCUGAUCAACAAAACGAGACUGCUUGGUAUUGCGAUCAAGAUGCCAAAAGGGGCACAUCUACACAUCCAUUUCAAUGCCUGUCUGCAGCCUCACGUUCUGCUUGGUAUAGCCAAAAACAUGGACCGGAUGUUCAUCACGAGCGAUAGGCCCUUGCCUCCGAGUGAGGACGGCAGGACGGACGAAGAGGCACAAAACGCUCUUCACCUCUGUGAAAUCCAGUUUUCUAUUUUACCACCAGAAAAAGAGAACCCGGGCGACAUAUUCUCGCGGAACUACGUGAAACGCCAAACGAUGAAGUACUCCCAGUUCCUCGUCGAGUUCCCCAAGCAUCACAGCAACGCCGAUCCGGAGGAGUGGCUCACAAGUAAACUCGUUUUCCACGAGAACGAGGCCCACAACGUCCUUCAGACGGUCCAUGGAGCAUGGGAGAAGUUCAAUGGCCGGACACGCAUGAUGAAGGGGCUUUUCAACUACGAGAGCGCGUACCGAAAGUACACUCGGGGGAUACUGGAGGAUUUUGUUCGUGAUAACAUCCAAUACGCCGAGAUUCGGCCUAAUUUCAUGGAGACGAAUCAGCUCUGGACCGACGACGGCACUCGGCAAAUCGACAACGUGGGAAUCAUGAACAUAAUCAUUGAGGAAUUUGACCGGUUUCAGCAAAGAACCAAGAACUCAUUUGGCGGCUUGAAGGUCAUUUACUGCACACCUCGGUCCUUCUCCAAUGAGUCUGUCGCCUUUGCACUUGACGAGUGCCUGAGAUUCAAGCAGAGGUGGCCCGAGUGGAUUGCAGGCUUUGACCUAGUUGGCGAAGAAUCCAAAGGGCGGCCUCUGCGAGACUUCAUCUCAGAGUUCCUCGCGUUCAGAAAGAACUGCGAUGAGGCUGGCCUCGAUAUUCCGUUUCUAUUUCAUUGUGGUGAGACGACGGAGAUCGGCAACGACACAGACGGUAACCUCGUGGAUGCGCUUCUUCUCAACUCGAAGCGCAUUGGCCACGGCUUUGCGCUCGCCAGGCACCCAUAUAUCAUGGAGCACAUGAAAAAAAGGGGCAUUUGCCUUGAGGUGUGCCCCAUCUCCAACGAAGAACUCGGCCUCACGCCGAGGAUAACUGGGCAUGCUAUGUACAACCUCCUCGCGAACAACGUACACUGUACGCUGAACUCGGACAACGGAACUAUAUUUAGAUCAACCCUCUCUCACGAUUUUUACCAAGCCAUGGUUGGCAAGACGGAUAUGACACUUCACGGCUGGCGACAACUCAUCGAAUGGAGCCUAGAACACUCAUGCAUGUCCGAAGAAGAACUUGCCGUCGUGCGGGCGGACUGGGAUAAGCGUUGGGAGAGCUUUCUGGACUGGGUCAUUGCCGAAUAUGGUGAUGUGCAGAUGAUGGAGCACGAUGAGUCCAAGGCGUAA